ACCAUCUCAGACAUCACCAACUGGUCAUCACUCCAGUUGCCACCAUGCUGGCCUCAGGGCUGCUCCUCGUGGCUUUGCUGGCCUGUCUGACUGUCAUGGUCUUGAUGUCUGUCUGGCGGCAAAGGAAGCUCAAAGGGAAAUUGCCUCCAGGGCCCACUCCUCUGCCCUUCAUCGGGAACUACCUGCAGCUGAACACCGAGCAGAUGUACAACUCCCUCAUGAAGAUCAGUGAGCGCUACGGCCCUGUGUUCACCAUCCACCUGGGGACCCGGCAGAUCGUGGUGCUGUGCGGCUAUGAUGCUGUGAAGGAGGCUCUGGUGGACCAGGCUGAAGAAUUCAGUGGGCGAGGCGAGCAGGCUACCUUUGACUGGAUCUUCAAAGGCUAUGGCGUGGCGUUCAGCAACGGGGAGCGCGCCAAGCAGCUCCGGCGCUUCUCCAUUACGACGCUGCGGGACUUUGGUGUGGGCAAGCGCGGCAUCGAAGAGCGCAUCCAGGAGGAGGCGGGCUUCCUCAUCGAGGCCUUCCGGGGCACUCGCGGCGCCUUCAUCGAUCCCACCUUCUUCCUGAGCCGAACAGUCUCCAAUGUUAUCAGCUCCAUUGUCUUCGGGGACCGCUUUGACUACGAGGACAAAGAGUUCCUGUCACUACUGCGAAUGAUGCUGGGAAGCUUCCAGUUCACUGCUACGUCUACCGGGCAGCUCUAUGAGAUGUUCUACUCAGUGAUGAAAUAUCUGCCAGGGCCACAGCAACAGGCCUUUAAGGAGCUGCAGGGACUGGAGGACUUCAUAGCCAAGAAGGUGGAACAAAACCAGCGCACGCUGGACCCCAACUCCCCACGGGACUUCAUCGACUCCUUCCUCAUCCGCAUGCAGGAGGAGAAGGAGAAUCCCAACACAGAGUUCUACAGGAAUAACCUGGUGAUGACGACACUGAACCUCUUCUUUGCGGGCACGGAGACGGUCAGCACAACCAUGCGGUAUGGCUUCCUGCUGCUCAUGAAGCACCCAGAUGUGGAGGCCAAAGUCCAUGAGGAGAUUGACCGAGUAAUCGGCAAGAACCGUCAGCCCAAGUUUGAGGACCGAGCCAAGAUGCCCUACACAGAGGCUGUGAUCCACGAGAUCCAGAGAUUCGGAGACAUGAUCCCCAUGGGCCUGGCCCGCAGAGUCACCAAGGAUACCAAGUUUCGAGACUUCCUCCUCCCCAAGGGCACCGAAGUGUUCCCUCUGCUGGGCUCUGUGCUGAGAGACCCCAAGUUCUUCUCCAACCCCCGAGAUUUCAACCCCCAGCACUUCCUGGACGAGAAGGGGCAAUUUAAGAAGAGUGAUGCUUUUGUGCCUUUCUCUAUCGGAAAGCGGUACUGUUUCGGAGAAGGCCUCGCCAGAAUGGAGCUCUUCCUCUUCUUCACCACCAUCAUGCAGAACUUCCGCUUCAAGUCCCCACAGUUGCCCCAGGACAUCGACGUGUCCCCAAAACUCGUGGGCUUUGCCACCAUCCCUCCAAACUACACCAUGAGCUUCCUGCCCCGCUGAGUCAGGGCUGUGCCCAGGGUAGCGCUGGUGGGAGGAGCAAAUGGGGGAGGGAAGGGCCUGGGCGGGGUUAUGGGGGAGGGGAGGGGCUAAGGAUGGGGAAAGGAGGGGUAUGGGAGCGGAGGGGAGGGGCAAGGGGCGGGGUUAGGGAAGGGACGGGGCUAUGGAUGGGGAAAUGGUGGACGGUGGGGAGGAAAGGGCAAUGUGGAUAGGAGAGAAAGAAGAAACAGAACGGACUCUUUGUUCAGCUUGCUAGAGAUAAGAUGAGAGGAAAAGACACCUUAUGUUAUACUUUGAAUAGUAACAAUAGCAGAUAUUAUUUAUUGAGCAAGUA